UAUUCCUGCCAGUGUUCUUGACAGUAUUUCUGCCAAUGUUCUUAACAGUGUUUCUGCCAAUGUUCUUGACAAUAACCUUGACACUAAUCUUGACAUUAAUUUUGACAAUAUCUUUGACAGUGUAACAGAUCGCUACAUUGAUUGA